AUGAAGGGAAGAGAACUCACCUACCACUCCAAUCUCUUUUUGGUUAUUAGUAUUGACCUUUCAAACAACACCUUGUCUGGUGACAUCCCAAGGGAGAUAACAAGUCUGGUGGAGCUCAGAUCACUUAACUUGUCACGAAAUAAUUUAACAGGAUCGAUACCGGACAACAUUGGAAGCAUGAAGCAACUCGAAUCUCUUGAUUUCUCAAUGAACUCGUUAUCCGGCAACAUUCCAGGUAGCAUCACAAGCAUGUCUUUUUUGAAUAGCUUGAAUUUGUCAUAUAACCACUUGACAGGGACCAUCCCACAAAGUACCCAAAUUGGGAGCUUCAACGAGUCGAGCUUCGUUGGCAACAAUCUUUGUGGUCUUCCACUAAGGAUUCCUUGCAAAAAUGAUGGUAAUGCCCCUGCCCCGAUUCAAGGCCGAGAAGGUAAAAAGCGAGAGAUUGAUUGGUUUUACGUAUUCCUAUCUUUAGGGUACGCUGUUGGGCUUUCUGUUGUCCUCACUGCAUUGUUUUUUAAGAAGAAAUGGAGGGAAGCUUAUUAUGGGUUCUUUCAGAAAAUGUGGGACAAUGUUUAUGUGUAUUUCAUUAUCAAAUGGAGGAGGCUCAUGAGAGCGUUGGGUCGAAAUCACUAA